AUGUUACCACUGACCUCUUAUAAUUCAACAAUAGGCCCCGAGGACUUAAGUGACUCUAAUAAAUCAAACCUGAGUGACAUAGUUUUGACUAGUCGGAGACCACAUGGUCAAAGCCCAACCGCGUGUGUAAGUUUAUCUGUCGCUGAUUUCGAUCCUGAAAUUUUCAAUAUAAAUCAUACCACACUAACGGGCUUCAGUCUGCCGCUCUCAUGGCACAAUCUAACCUACCGGGUUGGUAACAAGCAGGUACUGGACAACCUCACAGGGACAGCGCUCUCUGGCCGCUGUCUGGCGAUCAUGGGUUCUUCCGGUUCUGGCAAGACGACGUUCUUGAGUGCCAUCUCCGACCGGUUAACCUCUGACAGUGAUGGUAAAUUGUCUGGUAGCCACCAGCUCGGUGACAUCGAGUACGAGCCGACCUUCCGCAAAGCGAUAGGUUUUGUACCACAGGACGAAAUUAUUUCUUCAAUGGUUACCCCAUACGACGCGAUGUGGUUUUCUUUGCGCACUCGUCACGGGACGAGUUGCAAGGAGACCCAUAAACGUGUGAUGGAGAUGCUUAAUACUCUGAAGCUUCUCGACGCAAAGGAUACGGUGGUCGGCGUCCCCGGCAUGAGCACUUGUCUGUCUGGAGGGGAACGGAAGCGAUGCAGCAUUGGUACCGAGCUCAUCUGCGAUCCGAAAGUCCUGUUGCUCGACGAGCCGACCUCAGCUCUAGAUUCGGUAACGUCGGCAAAAAUUAUUCAACAGCUGCGUGAGCUGGCUCGACUAGGUCGCACCGUCAUCUACACCAUUCACCAGCCCACUGCUGAGGUGCUCUCGUAUUUUGACGACCUCAUGCUUUUGACGGGUGGCCGCUGUGCUUACCACGGCACGAUGGCGGACUCCCUGGGCUAUUUUGAAUCUAUCGGCUUCAAGUGCCCCAAGCAGUACACCGCGGGGGAUUACUUCAUGAUGCUCCUGCAAGACGAGCCAACGGCGCGCGUGCUUGUGGAGCGGUGGGCGCAGCAUCUUAAGAGCAGCAAGCGCACCCCGCACACUACCUCCAUCCGGGUCGUGACGAGACGCAAAAAAUCAAUAGCGCUUGAAUUUCUCGACUUAUAUAUAAAGAAAUUCAAGUCUUCGAUGUACAUACAAUUCAGUGAGGUAUUUGUUCGUCGAUUCAACGAGCUGAGAAGGGACCGUGCGUUCAUUUUCGCACUUUUUGUGCAGACACUUUAUUUUUCUUUAGUGGCUGGUUUAAUUUUCUUACGUCUUGGCAUGGAUACGUUAAGUAUUCAAGAUCGUCAGGGUCUUUUUUAUACGAUACUUUCAAAUCGUUCGAUGGGAUCGAUUUAUGCAGUCUUGAGCUCCUUCCAUAAAGCUCGUGUACUUUUUUUUCAUGAUCGAAACUCCGGUGCCUACUCUAGCUUUAUUUACCUUGCUGGUACCCUAACCGCUCAGAUGCCGCUUAUGUUUUUCUUGUGCUUCAUAGAAUCUAUCAUUGUAUAUUUUCUAACAGGUCUUUAUGUCUCUGUCGGCGCCUUUUUAACAUACUUCUGCGUUAUGCUAUUGUAUCAGGAGGUUUGUGUUGGUAUUGGCGUAUUGCUUUCAACUUAUUUUGAAUCACUGACGCUUGCCACUACUAUGGUGGCAUUGAUUAAUCUGCCUUUCAUAUUUGCGAGUGGCCUUUUCGCUAGUACCGAUCGCCUGAGACCAUAUUUUUACGUAUUCGAAAAGCUUUCUUACAUUAGGCAUGCGUACAUUAUACUACUACGUAAUGAGUUAAAGCACAUUGAUCAUUUUAACUGCGACAUACAGAAGUACGGAGAGUUAUUCUGCCGCAAUCAACCUCACAAUGGCCGGGAAGUGCUAGUACAACUUGGCUUCGACUCAGAUCCACAGUCAACCAACCUGCUUAUGUGGUUAUCUCUUGGCUUUAUGUGGAUAAUUGUUAGGAUUCUUACUAUUAUUGGCCUAAUGAUAAUUUCUCGUUUGAAAAAGUGA